AUGCCGGUUCUCGCGCGCGCGCACCAGCAGCUGCACGAAAUCGGGGAAGCGUAUAGCGCGGUGCCCUACGAUCUGAUCGUGGCCGGAAAGGCCCUCGCCACGUCGGCGAUUGUAAGGGGAGUCCCGGCGGUGCGACGUCAUUGGCUGCUGAGCUUCUGGGCGUCGUUCCUAUUGGCUUACGGCGACUACUCCCUGCCCUCGCUCGUCUUGCAGGUGCCUUAUCCCUCUGCUCGUCUAACCUUACCUCCUUCUCAUCCCUUCCUCUCCACUUCUCCCCUCCCCCCUCCUGCUGGCGAUUCUCCGCAAGCACAGAGCGACUUUGUGUGGCUCAAGAAGGACAUCAUUCUCACCACCUUCGCCGCCUGCUGGUGGUUGGUAACCUACAGUCCGCGUGACAUGGGCUACAAGGCGUUCAAGCUCAUGCCCCUCAAGCUGCUGUGCAAGGCGGCAUCAGGCCUGGCUCGCACCAACGUCAUUCUCUCCAUGGUGGACACAGCAGUGCAGCACUUUGGAACGCAUGUCACAGUGGCGCCUCUCUUCAUCGGCACGCUCUCUGGCUGUGGGGGUCGUCUCAUAUACGACGCAGUGCUGGCCCUCGUCUCUCCCUCCGCUUCCAAUCAUCCCGAGCUGCUCUACCCCUCAUGGUACUCGCGCUCGGCCUUCCUGGUCUCGCUCUUCUACACAGUAGCGGUGCACUGGACAGCAGUGUGCUCCAGACAUGCGGCCUAUGGGGCUAUCGCCUCUGCCAUGGUGGCCCACAGUGCAUGGGAGGUCGUGACCGACUCGCAUCUGGACCCCUCUGCACCGCUCUUCAACCUCCUCCACUCCCUGCU